AUGGUUGAUCAGCCCCAGCCAUACUCCAUCUCCGUCUCCGAUGACGCACUUCAAGAGCUCAGACAGCGACUCGCCUGGGCCCGAUUCCCAAGCCAGCUCGAGUCACCCGAUCAAGAUUCGUGGGACUUUGGUGUUCCAGCAGCAGAGGUGCAACAUCUCGCAACCUACUGGAAAGAUCGAUUUGACUGGCGUAAAGCCGAAGCUCAGUUGAACGAACUCCCGCAGUAUCACAUUGACAUCGAGGUGGAGGGUUUCGGCUCAUUGGACAUUCAUUUUGUUCAUCAAGUCAGUCCGGUGGAGAACGCCGUCCCUCUACUAUUCUGUCAUGGAUGGCCGGGAACCUUUAUUGAAAUUACCAAAUUAUUGCCGAUGCUGAAAGUCGGUGCUGAUUGCCCGGCAUUUCACAUUGUAGCACCUUCAUUGCCGAACUUCGGCUUUUCUUCAGGUGUCACUCAUCGCGGUUUUGGCCUUGCUCAAUACGCCGAAACCUUGCAUAAGCUUAUGAUUAAGCUUGGGUACAACAAAUAUGUGACCCAGGGAGGAGACUGGGGUUUCUGGGUGACCCGCAGCAUCGGCCUCUUAUAUCCUGAGCAUUGCAAGGCCUCUCAUGUUAACAUGAUCGCCGCAAAACCACCACAAUGGAGCGGAAGCCCUUUACUGGCACUACAGCACGCAAUCAUGCCCUACAAUGCACGGGAAAAGGCGGGCCGAGAAAGGUCUGACUGGUUUGACCGUGAGGGUUUCGGAUACAAUUUGAUUCAAAGCACCAAGCCACAGACCGUUGGUACCGCACUUGCUGACAGCCCGGUUGCACUGCUAGCCUGGAUCUACGAGAAGUUGCACGACUGGACAGACUCGUAUCCAUGGACCGACGACGAGAUCUUGACUUGGGUAUCUAUCUACUGGUUUUCCAAAGCAGGGCCCGAGGCUAGUAUCCGCAUUUACUACGAGGUCUUUCAUGCCACGCUCACCACCGAGAUCUCUUAUGCCAAGCUCUACUCCUAUAUCCCCGAUGUAAAACUUGGUCUGGUCCAUCUUCCACGGGAAAUCUCGGUUGUCCCCACUACAUGGGCUGCCGCGCUUGGGCCCGUUGUUCGACAAAGUGAGCAUGCCCACGGAGGUCACUUUGCGGCGUGGGAAGUACCCGAUGUGAUUGUGCGGGAUCUACAUGCAAUGUUCGGCAGGGGAGGUCCUUGCUUUGGAGUGAUCCCUGGCAAGGAUGGCUAUUAG